AAUGAAGUAUCUUUCUUAUUGAAAGGAGAAAGAAAGGUAGACUGUUUCAAUAGCCCCUACUCUUCUUAGUGACACCGAGAAAUAGCAAAGAAAAAUAAACACCAAACGGUUCAAGCUUCCUUCAACUUCUUUGUUCUAUUGCCCUAUAAUCUUCACUUUCCCCAAAUCUAUGUUAAUGGCACGGGCUUCUUCCAAAUUUGCUGUUAUAAACCAAAAGCCAACUCGGCAGAUGUGUCUUCCACUAAUGGAGAUGAAAAGGUCUCGGAAAUUCUGUACCUCGUUGAAGGAGAUUCGUCUAAAGAGCUCUGAAACUCGGGAAACAAGAUCAUUGGAAAAAGAGGAAGCUUUAUUAGGGAAGAAGAAUAAACAAACGCCGUUGGGUACAUUUAAGGUUUUGAGUUAUAAUGUCUGUUUUCGGGACUUAGAAUUGCACGAGAGGAUGGAAGCAAUUGGUGAUCUCAUUCAACUACAUUCGCCUGAUGUUGUAUGUUUACAAGAGGUUACACAAGAAAUGUACCAGAUUUUCAAACAGUCCACCUGGUGGUGGAAAGCAUAUCGAUGUUCGGCUUCAUAUGAUUUCGAGAAUGUCAAACCUUAUUUCUGUAUGCAGUUGAGCAAAUUAACAGUAAAAUCUUAUAGCUGUACACCCUUCAGCAACUCUAAAAUGGGAAGAGAGUUAUGUUUGACUGAGAUUGAAGUUGGUGGUGGAAGGAGCAAGCAAUUGGUCAUUGCUUCUAGCCAUCUCGAAAGCCCUUGUCCUGCCCCACCAACAUGGACUCAGAUGUACAGCAAAGAACGCGUAGCUCAAGCAAAAGAAGCCAUGUUGAUUCUGAAGGGUUGGCCUAAUGUCAUAUUUUGUGGCGACAUGAACUGGGAUGAGAAGAAGGAUGGUCCGUUUCCAUUGCCUGAAGGAUGGGUCGAUGCUUGGACAGAGCUGAAGCCUGGAGAUAGCGGAUACACCUACGAUACCAAGUCAAAUCAGAUGAUAUCUGCCAAUUGGCCACUGAGGAAGCGAUUAGAUCGGUUUGUUUGCAAUUUUCAAGAUUUUAAAAUAUGUGAGAUUGAAAUGAUUGGACUGGAAGCAAUACCAGGCCUUUCAUAUCGUAAGGAGAAGAAAAUAAGGGGUCAGUUGCAACAGCUGAUGCUCCCUGUUUUGCCUAGUGAUCACUAUGGAUUGCUCUUAACUAUCUCCAACAAAUGAGAUGCUUCUGUCAACUGGGAGAAUUUCUCACUGUUUUGUGUAUGACCCUAUCAUGAAACUGUGGUCGAGGUUGUAUAAUUUGUCGCUAGAUUCUUUAGAGGGUAAAAUACGAAUGCCCCUAUUUUCUCUAUGGCAGUCUCUUCUACAUUUUGUAAAGCACAGCGCUGUUUAACUUUUCAGGUGUACUUUUCUCCUGACUUAAACUCCUGAUUGCUCUAGUAGAAACCAGAUUAAGACAGUGUUUUGCUCUUCUUCUUUAUUGGACUCGGGCACUUACAUGGCAUGAUCCGAAGAUUUAUCCCAUUUUCUGGAUCGGACGGUUGAUAUCCGAGUAGGCUAAUCUCUGUUCAGUGUUUUUUUCCUGUACUUUCCUGUAUAUCACAGUCGAGCUUGAAACUGAAAAAAGAGAGAGGGAGUGAGAAUGGUGGGUGCAUUCUUGGAGCAAGGAUAAUGGAGAUAGUGAAAAAGCAUGAAUCAGGAGGACUCAUUUGGAAGAUAAUUAAGCUCACAACUACAAGAAAAGUCAAUGUCAAGAAGAGACUUCUCAGAAUUUGGCAGGUCCUCACUCUCUCUCUAUCUUGCUAUAGAAAUGUAGAUUCUCUAAAAUUUUGAAACUUUUUAUUAUUUCUUAAUUUUGUAUGAAAUGUUAUACUAGCAGUACUUGAUUUUUGAUAUUUUUGGAAAGAAAAUAGAAACCAGGUUCAAGAAUUGUUA